AUGGAGAGAGGUUUUAAAAUAUCAGAUGGACCAUAUAUACAUAGUGUGGAUUUGAGGGAUAACACAUGCAACUGCAAAUCUUGGAUGCUCAAGGGAAUACCAUGUCCACAUGGGAUUGCAGCCAUACUCUACAAGAAAUUGGACCCAAUUGAUUUUGUUGAUAACUGUUACAGUAAGGCGACUUAUCUCAAGACUUACUGUCACUACAUUCAACUAGUAACCAACAUGAACAUGUGGCCAAAGUCAACAAAUUCUAAUGUGGAGCCUCCAGUUAUUGUUCCUAUGCCUGGCAGGCCAAAGAAGAGAAGGAAUAAACAGUUUUAUGAGACCAAAAAGUGUGGAAAAAUGUCAAGAAAAGGGAUUUACAUGACUUGUAGCAUCUUUCAUGGACAAAAUCACAACAAAAGAGGUUGUCCUUUCAAGAAUUCUGUUAGAUCAAGUAUUCUUAAUGUUGGACCAAGUGAUGUACCAAGUACUUGA